AAGAGGAAGAGGAGGAGCAGGAGGCGGAGGAGCAGGAAGAGGAGGAGCAGCAGCAGAAGCGCGCGGUUCCCCCGCCCGGCCGCUGAGGCCGCAGCUGCCCCGGCUCCGGCAGCAUCGCCCCCCCCGCAUCCCGAGGAUUUGCCAUCGGCAAGGCGCGGCCGGAUGGAGGAGGAGGAGGCCGCGAGGAAGAGGGAGAUGGCCCGGGAGCCGCAGGCAGACAAGGAGCUGAGCACGGAGCCCAGGGAGGACAAAUGCCCGCGGCAGAAGCUGGUGGGAGAGGCCGUUUUGAGCGGCUCCACGGCGCAGGAAUGCAACGGGGAGGAAAAGCCCCGGAGAUGCCGCACGAGGAGGGGCUGCAAACGCAGCCCAAGGAGCUCCAAGGAGGAAGGAGCCUCGCUGGGCCGGGAAGGCGGCCGGAGCUGCGGCCGGAGCUCGGAGCUGGGGGUCCAUGAGCAGCUUCACGCUGGGGAGAAGCCCCACAAGUGCUCGGAAUGUGGGAAGAGUUUCAGGUGGAGAUCCUACCUAAUCCGCCACUGGACAGUCCACACUGGGGAACGGCCCUACGAGUGUGGGGAGUGUGGAAAGAGCUUCAGGUGGAGAUCCUACCUAAUCCGCCACUGGCCAGUCCACACCGGGGAGAGGCCCUACGAGUGUGGGGAGUGUGGGCAGAGCUGCAGAGACCACUCCAGCCUCAUUGUCCACCAGAGGAUCCACACCGGAGAGAGGCCAUAUGAGUGUGGGGAGUGUGGGAAGAGCUUCAGAGAAAGGUCCAAACUGAUCAUCCACCAGAGGAUCCACACCGGGGAACGGCCCUACGAGUGUGGGGAGUGUGGGAAGAGGUUCAGCUGCAGGUCCAGCCUGAUCAUCCACCGGAGGAUCCACACUGGGGAAAUGCCCUACGAGUGUGGGGAGUGUGGGAAGAGGUUUAAGACCAGCACUGUUCUCCUCAUGCACCAGCAGACGCACACUGGGGAGAGGCCCUACGAGUGCCCCGAGUGUGGGAAGAGGUUUCUGACCAGCUUCCGUCUCCUCCGGCACCAGCGCGUUCACACGGAUGAGAGGCCCUUCCACUGCCCCGACUGCGGGAAGGGCUUCAAGUACAACUCCGGCUUCGUCAGACACCAGCGCAUCCACACCGGGGAGAGGCCCUACGAGUGUGGGGAGUGUGGGAAGAGCUGCAGAGACCGCUCCAGACUCAUUAUCCACCAGAGGAUCCACACUGGGGAGAGGCCCUACGAGUGUGGGGAGUGUGGGAAGGGCUUCAGAGACCACUCCAGACUCAUCAACCACCAGAGGACCCACACUGGGGAGAGGCCGUAUGAGUGUGGGGAGUGUGGGAAGAGCUUCAGAGACCGCUCCAGAGUCAUCGUCCACCAGAGGAUCCACACUGGGGAGAGGCCCUAUGAGUGUCCCGAGUGUGGGAAGAGGUUCAGCUGCAGGUCCAACCUGAUCGUCCACCAGAGGAUCCACACUGGGGAAAUGCCCUACAAGUGUGGGGAGUGUGGGAAGAGGUUUCCGACCAGCACUGAUCUCCUCAAGCACCGGCGCGUUCACACGGAUGAGAGGCCCUUCUACUGCCCCGAGUGCGGGAAGGGCUACAAGCAAAACUCCACCCUCGUCGCCCACCGGCGCAUCCACACCGGGGAGAGGCCCCAUGAGUGUGGGGAGUGUGGGAAGAGGUUUCCGACCAGCUCUGCUCUUCUCCGGCACCAGAGGAUCCACACCGGGGAGAGGCCCUACGAGUGUCCCGACUGCGGGAAGAGGUUUCGGACCAGCUCCACUCUCCUCCAGCACCAGCGCGUUCACACGGAUGAGAGGCCCUUCAGCUGCCCCGACUGCGGGAAGGGCUUCAAGCAAAACUCCACCCUCAUCGCCCACCAGCGCGUCCACACCGGGGAGAGGCCCUUCGAGUGUGGGGAGUGUGGGAAGAGCUUCAGGCAGAGGUCUGGCCUGAUCGUCCACCAGAGGAUCCACACGGGGGAGAGGCCCUACGAGUGUCCCAAGUGUGGGAAGAGCUUCAGCAAGAGCACCAGUCUGAUCGUCCACCAGAGGAUCCACACUGGGGAGAGGCCCUACGAGUGUGGGGAGUGUGGGAGGAGCUUCAGCCAGGGCUUCAUCCUGAUCAACCACCAGAGGAUCCACACCGGGGAGAGGCCCUACGAGUGUGGGGUGUGUGGGAAGAGCUUCAGCUGCAGUUCCAACCUGACUGUCCACCAGAGGAUCCACACCGGGGAGAGGCCCUAUGAGUGUCCCCAGUGUGGGAAGAGGUUUCAGACCAGCUUUCGUCUCCUCCGGCACCAGCGCAUCUACACGGAUGAGAGGCCCUUCCGCUGCUCCGACUGCAGGAAGGGCUUCAAGGAAAACUCCACCCUCAUCAAGCACCGGCGCAUCCACACCGGGGAGAGGCCCUACAAGUGCCCCGACUGCGGGAAGGGCUUCAAGGUAAACUCCACCCUCGUCGCCCACCGGCGCCUCCACACCGGGGAGAGGCCCUACGAGUGUCCCGAGUGUGGGAAGAGCUUCAAGCAAAACUCCACGCUCGUCACCCACCGGCGCAUCCACACCGGGGAGAGGCCCUACGAGUGCCCCGAGUGUGGGAAGAGCUUCUCACAGAAAUCUGGCUUGACCAAACACCAACGGAUUCACGCUGGGGAGAAGCCCCACAAGUGCUCGGAAUGUGGGAAGAGCUUCAGCUGGAGAUCCCAUCUCCUCCACCACAGGAAAAUCCACACUGGAGAGAGGCCCUACGAGUGUGGGGAGUGCGGGAAGAGCUUCAGACACAGCUCCAGCCUGAUCCAGCACCAGAGGAUCCACACCGGGGAGAGGCCCUACGAGUGUGAGGAGUGUGGGAAGAGCUUCAGACACAGCUCCAGCCUGAUCCAGCACCAGCGGAUCCACACUGGGGAGAGGCCGUAUGAGUGUGGGGAGUGUGGGAAGAGCUUCAGGCAGGGCCCCGGCCUGAUCCAGCACCAGAGGAUCCACACCGGGGAACGGCCCUAUGAGUGUGGGGAGUGUGGGAAGAGGUUUCCAUGGAGCUCCGAUCUCCUCAAGCACCAGAGAACACACACGGAUGAGAGGCCCUUUCGCUGCCCCGACUGCGGGACGGGCUUCAGGUGCAACUUCUACCUCGUCGCCCACCGGCGCAGCCACACCGGGGAGAGGCCCUACGAGUGUGGGGAGUGUGGGAAGAGGUUUCCGACCAGCUCUGAAUUCCUCAAGCACCAGCGGGCGCACACCGGGGAGAAGCCGUUCGAGUGCCCCGAGUGUGGGAAGAGGUAUCAGAACAGGUCCAGUCUCCUCCUGCACCAGCGGAUGCACACCGGGGAGAGGCCCUACGAGUGUGGGGAGUGUGGGAAGAGGUUUCACACCAGCACCUAUCUCCUCCAGCACCAGCACAUUCACACGGAUGAGAGGCCCUUCUACUGCCCCGACUGCGGGAAGGGCUUCAAGCAAAACUCCACCCUCAUCAGGCACCGGCGCGUCCACACCGGGGAGAGGCCCUUCGAGUGUGGGGAGUGUGGGAAGAGCUUCAGGCAGAGGUCCGGCCUGAUCAUCCACCAGAGGAUCCACACGGGGGAGAGGCCCUACGAGUGUCCCCAGUGUGGGAAGAGCUUCUCACAGAGCUCUAACUUGUCCCGACACCGACGGAGGCACCGCUAAGGGAAGCGCCGCGAGUGCCCCGAGCGCAGGAAGAGCUUCGUGCGCUGCUUUAGCCCCAUCCCCCGUGGGAGGAUCGGCGUUGGAUGAUCCCCAGUGACCCCCGUUGGGCAGAGCCCCGGAGAUCCGUGGUGCUGCUGAUCCGUGUUGGGAAGGCACCAGGCUGGGGGGCUCCGCCUCUUCCUGGCUCCCUGUGGGCACCUGGACUCAUCCACCGAUGAACAUCUGAAAUCUGUUGGGGAGAGCAGAUUUGUCGUCUUCCAACCUCAGGAAAUCUCACCUUUUGCGUCUUUUGGUGGCAUCCAGCAACGCUGGAUGUCCUUGGAGGUCUUCUCCAACCUAAAUCCAUCGUUUUUAAUCUCUCUGGCCCACGGGCGUCUUCCACAGCCAUAUGGGGGUUGACUGGGGCAAAACCCACGAUUUUGGAGACAUUGGGGUGGAAACCCCUCCAAAAAAGGUUCUUCCCACCCACCCAAGCACGUGGGUGCUCAGCUGGCACAGACAGGGAAAUGCUUUUGGUUUGGCCUUGGUUUUCUUUCGUUUUCUGUUCAUCCGUUCGAAACACCUGAAACUGGGCUAAAAAUAAAGAUGUCAAACUAA